GACUAGAACAGCUUGCCGCUCGCUGAUUGGCUGUGCUCCACAGUGUGCUCCAAUCAAGAGCGGCCACUAGAACACCCCCUUCCCCCACCAUGUAGACGUAGUGGUGAGGUGACGCCUCCUCCCGGGCUUCCUGGUCGGUGGAAAGUUUAGCCGGGGGAGAUGGCGGCGGCCGUGAAAGUAAUGUUGGCUGUGGUGAUCCUGCUCGCUCUGUGCGGGGGGCUCUCUGACGGCCAAAAGAAGAAAGAGAUGUUAUUAUCCGAGAAGGUGGGGCAGCUGAUGGACUGGGCCAGCAAGAGACCUGUUAUUCGUAUGAAUGGUGAUAAGUUCCGGCGGCUGAUCAAAGCUCCACCAAGAAACUAUUCUGUCAUUGUCAUGUUCACAGCUCUGCAGUCACACAGGCAGUGUGUUGUUUGCAAGCAAGCGGACGAGGAAUACCAGAUCCUGGCAAAUUCCUGGCGUUACUCAAGUGCAUUUACCAACAGGAUUUUCUUUGCUAUGGUGGAUUUUGAUGAAGGAUCAGAUGUCUUCCAAAUGCUUAAUAUGAACUCUGCACCGACCUUCAUUCACUUCCCACCAAAAGGGAAGCCCAAGAGAGGGGACACGUAUGAGUUACAAGUUCGAGGUUUUGCUGCAGAACAACUUGCUCGCUGGAUUGCAGAUAGGACAGAUGUCAAUGUACGUGUAAUAAGACCUCCAAAUUAUGCUGGCCCUUUAAUGCUUGGUCUGCUUCUGGCUGUGAUUGGAGGUUUAGUGUAUUUGAGAAGAAGCAACCUUGAUUUCCUGCACAACAAAACUGGAUGGGCCUUGGCUGCCUUGUGCUUUGUGUUGGCCAUGACAUCUGGACAAAUGUGGAAUCACAUCCGUGGACCCCCUUAUGCUCACAAGAACCCACAUACUGGUCAAGUGAAUUAUAUUCAUGGAAGCAGCCAAGCGCAAUUUGUUGCAGAAACCCAUAUCGUUCUCUUGUUCAAUGGUGGAGUGACUUUGGGAAUGGUCCUUUUACAUGAAGCUGCUACUUCUGAAAUGGAUGUAGGAAAACGAAAGAUAAUGUGUGUGGCAGGCUUGGGGUUAGUGGUGAUAUUCUUCAGCUGGCUGCUUUCUGUCUUCAGAUCCAAAUACCAUGGAUACCCAUACAGCUUUCUAAUGUCAUAGAUGGAAUUCCAUUGUAUUGAAGACAUUGGUAACAGACAUAGGAAAGGUUCAUGCUACUUCUAAAAACAUCUGCUGAUGAGGAUUCUACACAAUGGAUUGUGCAUCUAAUUUUGCUAAAGAACUUGUUACAAAUGAGAUUGUUUUCCUUGGUGGUAACUGUGAACCAAAGACCUUAUGCAGUGCCUUAGUUAAAUGCAGUGAACCCACAACUGUCCUUUAUCCUCCAAGGUCAUCUUUGUGUUCUGUUCUAUAAAAUGAAGAUCCCUUCGCAAGCCUGGUACAAUGAGAUUUCCUUAUUUUGUCCUCCUAAUAAAACUAACUUUUGA